CAUGUACAUACGCACACACUAUCUCUCUUUCUUACUUAUUUUAUUUUUCCUGAAUUGAGUUUUAUUCCUUUUUCUUCUCUUCUGCGUUUGAUUCACAACACACAUACCUAUCUCUCUCUCUCUCUUCUCCUUCUUUUUCUAUCUCUCUCUGCGUCUUACUUUGAGCAUGUUUGUUUCUUCAAGAAGAUUAUUAUUACUCAACUUUUCUCUCUUCUCUUCCUUCUUAAUCCUCUUCAAAGCUCUUCUUUAACUUCAUCUCCCCUCGCUUUCUCAUUUCCUUUUGAGAUAUAGAGAAAAAAUCCAAAUCUUUCAGACACCCUUUUGACUUAUUUGCUCAAAGAAUCUCUUUUAUUUUUCCCUUAGAAAAAUAAUUUUAAAUUCAGAAGGAAUAGCAAGAGAGGUUCUUAAAAGGUUGCUUAAUCAUGUCCAUGGAAGGAGUUUUUCUAGAGAAACCAACAUCAAACACAACUACAACUCUCCCUGAUCUAUCUCUCAACAUAAGUCUCCCAGAUACUCAUCACAACGAGUCUUCCAAAGAACUUUCAAGAAGAUCAUCCCAAACCGACAACAACAGAUCAUCAAACUUUGAACUCUCCUUAUCUCAUCAUAACAACCCUAGUUCGAAUCCAAGCACAAGAAUCAUCCAUUGUCCUGAUAGAAGGAACCUCUAUAACAACCACAUCCUUAAUGGUGGAAGUCUUCAUCAAAGGGUUGAUGAAUCCGAGAUUAAUAAUAUCCACCGUCCGAUUAGAGGCAUCCCGGUCUAUCACAACCGUUCAUUCCCUUUUCACCAACAAGCCUCUCCUUCUUCUUUGCCUUCUCUUGGAGGAGACUUCUCAAUCUUAAACUCAUCUUCCGGCUAUAACAACGCCUACCGAUCGUUCCAAUCUUCCCCUAGGCUAAAAGGUGUUCCUAUGCAUCAUCAUAAUCACUAUGGAGUCGUUGGAUCUUCAGAUUCUUCUUAUCCUCAUCAUCAUAAUCAUCACCAUCAUGGGAUGGUCAGAUCAAGAUUCUUGCCUAAGAUGCCGACAAAGCGGAGCAUGAGAGCUCCGAGGAUGCGUUGGACGAGUAGCCUCCACGCACGGUUUGUUCACGCCGUUGAGCUUCUAGGCGGACAUGAAAGAGCAACUCCAAAGUCAGUUCUUGAGCUCAUGGAUGUAAAAGACUUAACUUUAGCUCAUGUGAAGAGCCAUUUGCAGAUGUAUCGAACUGUUAAGACCACUAACAAGCCUGCUGCUUCAUCAGAUGGGUCAGGAGAAGAAGAAAUGGGCAUAAAUGGGAAUGAAAGGGCACAAUCUGACGAUACUUCUCCUCAUCGAGAAAUUGACUUCCCUUCCACUACACAACCUCGUUGGAGUAACUCUUCGGGAGAGACAUGGCCGUUAAGUAACAACUGCGCAAGCGACAUAGAUACGGUGAUCAGAACUUCAUCAACAUCAGUGAUCUCUCACCAUCAAAGAUCCUCCCUUCAAAAUCAGGACCAAAGGUCAAACGAUCAAGGAAAGAAAUGUGGAGAUCUUAGUUGUAACAAUCCAAGUUUGGAGUUCACAUUAGGAAGACCCGAUUGGCACGAGAAAUGACUCUUGAUAUAUAAAUAUUUACUCGGAACAUGUACGCAGACUGCAGUUAUACCGUUGUGACGAUGAAUUUGUCAGCGGAAUAGUUGAAGAACACAUAGAGAGAGCCAAGACGCUCAAGAGUGUUGAUUUUUGGAGAAAGACAUACUUUUGUAGGCUUUUCUUCUCAAGUUCCAUUGAUGAUUUGAUUAUAAAGUGGAUGAUCAAUGUAUGAGUUUGUUUUUUUUUUUUCUUUUUUUGGUUUUCUGGGGUUUAUUGAUUUCCCGAGGCUGAUGUGGUGUGAUCAUAAGUUAUAUAAUUGGCGUGAUCGUAAGUUACACACAAAGUUUGGAUGAUUUUUUCUUGGAAUGAAAGCCUCUUCGUGUUUUAGAGGGUUUCUAAGUUCU